AUGAGUACACAGCAGGGAAUACCUCUCACCAACGGCGAAGUCCCAAAGCUCACUUUUGACGAUUACUCGGCAUAUGAAGCGGAGAGGGAGAUUGCUACGCCCCAUGGUCAAGGAAGCUUGCACCGCUCUUCCGAUGCUAGGAGACGCACAACGGCGACACCAGCAGUGCGAUCGAGCGCCCAAAGGCUCAACAAAAAAUCGAUUGAUUGCUCAGUACGGGACCCUGCGGACCAGUUGGUAAGAAAAAUCGUAUCCACAUCGCAGAGGCUGGAAAACCAUGUCAAAGAAGAUGAUAAGGAUGAGGAGGAACAGGAGGAACAGGAGGAGGGUCUUGGUCACAUGUUGCGCACGUCUGGACACCGACACGCCGAUACAAGAGUGAAGCACUUCUGGACGGAUGAUAUCUUAGCAAGGACUAUGACAAAACCCUGCAUCGUCGGAGAAUUGCAGAGCUACCAAAGAGAGAACCCUGCACUUUUUGCUACGAAGUCGAUCGACACAGUUGCGGAAGAUAUCCUCAAAUAUCGAAGAAAGAUAUUUGCCGUUCUUGCACUCAUAGAUAAAGGGGCGUGCAUAGAAGAGGUCAUCGCGGAAGGAUUGGUAGACAAAGAUCUACCACUGCACACCGACGAAUCUUCUUCUCUAUGUCCACUCUUUCGAUACGGCGCAAAUUCCACGGCUCGCAAAGUGAAUUGUUUCUCUCGUAUUGGUUGGAAGACCCUACACAGGGAAACAUUUCUUACAUCUCAGUAUGCCAUGAGUCCCCAAUUUCUUGGAUUCGAUCCUGACGGGUGCACACCGAAGCAUGAAGAGUUCAGCGCCAGGGAGAUUUUACCGAUAAUUGAAGAGCAAGAGCGACAGCAGGGAGGUUAUGGGGUGAUCCAAAAGAUCAAGCUUGCACGGGCAUCUCACGGCUUUCACAAUCGUCUACGGUUGAUCAAAACCGAUGACGAGUUUGCCUUGAAGCGCCUAUUGAAGAAUGACGCUGUAGAGUUCCGCAGAGAAGCGAAAGCGGGGGGGCGAUUCAACGGAUUUGUUUGUGAUCACCUCGUCACGUUACUGAUGACAUGGACACUCAAUGGCCAGUACUAUCUGCUCUUUCCACUGGCCCGCUAUGACCUUGAAGAAUAUUGGAGUCAUUAUAGAUCUCCUCAAGUCAGCCCAGGUAUGGCUCGUUGGAUGCUGAAGCAAAUCGUUGGUAUCACUGCAGCGGUAGAGUACAUCCACGACCCAUCAGGUUCCCAACCUGCGGAUAUCCUCGGUGUACCUGAUGGCAGAGAGUACGGCAGACAUGGCGAUAUAAAACCCGACAAUCUACUCUGGUGCGACUCGCCUACAGAUCGUCGCGGCAUAGUUGUCGUCGCGGACCUGGGUCUGGCAACUUUGAACUCUGUCGUGAGUCGAACUCAAUCAAACACCAAAGCGCGCUGUGCUCCACGGUACAAAGCGCCAGAGUUCAACAUCAAGGGUUUCAAGAUCCGACGGUCAUGUGAUGUCUGGGCGCUUGGUUGUGUCUUGAUUGAAUGGGUCUGUUGGGCAUUAGAGGGCAAUGAUGCGCGCCUGCAGUUUCUCAACGACCUGUUUCAAACCUUUCCCUCCGGAAGCCAGACAGACUUGUACUUUGAGAUGGAGCGCAAACAGAACAAACUCGUUCAUGUGACUGUCAAUCAGGCUGUCGCUAAAGUGAGAAGACCGCAACGGCUACUACUUGUGCCUGCGCUAACACGAUCUCAGAAGGCUGCUAGAUUGCACCGGUCGAAGCACUGCACACAGCUAUUUCACGAUUUACUGUGGCUGAUACAAGAGAAGAUGAUUGUUGUACGUGCGGAAAACCGCAUUAGCGCCCAUGAGUUGCAUGUAGAGCUCAAGAAAAUGACUGAGAAGGGAGAGCGCGAUUCCAGGUAUUUUGACGCUCCUUGCGAAUCGUUAAGAGAAGUGACACUUCCUCUCCCUCUGCAGGCAGAAUUCUACAUCCAGGAACCGAAGAGAGAGGCGAUUAGCCAGUUUCAGCUAGGUGUGCCCCAUUGA